CACAAAUCAUGGACCAUACAAUAUACUAUACGGUAUAGAUCAAACUAUUCCUAUAUAUGAUGUGGUCUAAUACGAUCUCAACCAAUAAGACCAUGUUCAACAAAACUUCACCUUUCUCCGUCCCUCCGAUCAUCCCCGAUAUCCUUGAAAAUAAAAAGUGUAGUGACCAAUAUCCCAGUGAAUCAAAAAAUUUAGUGAUUGUAACUAACCACGAAAUAUAUAUUAGGGAGAAGUUGACUUUUUUUUUCUUUCUCACACUCUAGUCUCCACUACUCAAUCUAGUAUCGACAAAAAAAAAAAUACAUACAAAAAACUUUGUCUUCCUCUUUUUCUUUGUACUACCACUUCUCUCCCUUUCCCAAGUGGUCCGGAAGAUUCUCGCACUCGAUCUCUAUCACUUUCACUCAUGAGAAUUUCUCUUAUCUCAACCAGGUAAAUAAAUGUUGUUAUUUAGUUCUAUAUUAUCGCCUCUCGAGUCUGGACAAGGCUACUAGAGAAUUUUUCAUGUUUUCUUGUGUUUCGUGUGGUUCUACUAAGACUGCCUAUGAGUCGCUACUGCCGCCUACUGCGAAUGGAGAUGACAAGACUUGGAAGCUAAUUUGGAGCCUACCCGUUCUUGAGCGUAUUCGGUGCUUCAUAUGGCUUACUUCUUUGGGGAGGCUCGCGACCAAUGCGCUCCGUUUCUCUAGGAAGCUUACUGCCUCUCCGGCCUGCGCCCGAUGUAAUGGACAGGUGGAGUCCAUUAUCCACAUCCUGAGGGAUUGCCCUCCCGCGAGCUUUGCUUGGACUAGGUUUGUUCCCCACAACAAGCAGCAACGUUUCUUUACUGCUGCAGGUGAGGAUUGGCUUUGGGCCAACCUAACCGAGGAAGAGACUGAGUAUCAGGGAGUGCCGUGGCCGACUUUCUUCAGCAUUGCCGCUUGGAUCAUUUGGAAGAACAGGAACGACUUUUGCUUCAAAGGCAUCUCCUCCACCCUCACUCCCCCAUCUCUAGCUCACGCUAUUGUGGCGAAGGCCAAACUUUGGCACUCUGCCUGGACAGCCCCGACGUUGCUGCCUACCUCAAGGGGUGGUCCGAAUAGCAGGGUGAUGGUGGACAUCUCUUGGACUCCUCCGUCGAGAGGAUGGAUGAAGCUUAAUCUCGAUGGAGCUUCGAAUGGCAACCCCGGGUUGGCAGGGGCUGGUGGUGUGUUGAGGGACGAGGCUGGGCAAUGGAUCUCUGGUUUUGUGGCCAAGAUAGGAGAGGCAUCAGCGGUCUUGGCGGAGCUUUGGGCCUUCUACUAUGGUCUGGAGCUAGCCUGGAAGGCGGGAUGCCGGACGGUUAUGAUUGAAUCGGAUUCCCAGCUUGCUAUUCAUUUGAUUCACGACAGGCAGGAUGCAGUUCACCCCUAUGCUACUCUGCUUUCCUCUAUUCGCAGAAGAAUUAGUAGAGACUGGUUGGUGCGCAUCUCUCAUGUAUACCGCGAAGGGAAUAGAGUCGCGGAUUGGCUCUCGAAGCACAGUCUCGUCUAUCCCUACGGUGUACAUGAGUUUGUGCAUCCACCUUCGGGUUUGAUCCCCUUUCUGCGGGAUGAUGUGCAGGGAGUUACUUUCCAAAGGCGGAUUGUGCCACCCGCCACCACCUCUUCUCUUUCAGCCUCUCACCUGUAACCCCCUUUUUUCUUGGCGGCCAGCCUCCUAUUAUGCAAAAAAAAAAAAAAAAAAAAGAUGUUGAAAUUAACCGGGACGAAGUACUGAUUUGAGUUAACUACCUAGACACAACAUGAAAAACAAGAGCCAAGCUCCCUGAGCUCUCUCCUUUCCUCGUGAAUUAUUUUGAGUUACGCAUUAAAUAACAAUUAAAAUGAUGAUGUUGAAACAUUAAUCUUGAGAAUUAUCAUUUUAAAUGUUAUAUUUCUUUGUGUUAUUAAUGAUUUAUCUUAUUAAUAUGAUUUAUGUUAGUUUAUAUAUUGAACUUAAAAUCCUAUGAUUUUACGAUUCCGAUUUUACCUCAAUUUUUGAUUUUAGAUAAAAUCCCGAUUUUGACUACUUUUCCAUGUUUAUAAAGAAAAGAGAAGCUCUUGAUUUGUAGCACUUAUUCGACAUUCUUCCUUAAUUCCUACGGGUCGUUGUCAUUGCAUUUGUUGCAAAGUACUUUUCCUCUAUUGAGCACUCAGCAUGCGGAUUACGAAUUGCAGACACCGACUAUAUUAUGUUCAUUGGGCGCUCAACUGAUUCUCAUUGUUGUUUCUAGCAAAGUUGUCAAAACCACUAUUCGGUCGACCGAUUCACUUUAGUCUGAUAGAAAACUUAUCAUGUCUAUUGUUGGAAUAUGCUCUGGUUGGAUGGUUUCUGAAAAAAGUCAACAUCGGGUUGAGCCUAUCAAAAUCAAUUGGUGUGACAUAGUUUGAAGAUGAGAAUCUAUAAUUUGGUAACAUACCUACGUAAAUUAAUAAAAUUAUUUUAAAAUAUGUCACACAAGCAAAGAUCCGUAGCCUUACAACAGAUCAUGCCUAUUGUGAAACAAAGAAACAAAUGAGGCGACAAGAACAAAGUCUGAGUAGCCACCAAAUGAGCCACUCUGUAACAAUGAAACACAAAUCAUCGAACCCAAAAAAAUAUAAACUAUGGCACCCCAAAAAAACAACCUGAACAACUUAACACAUGUUAAUUUGGUUGCUAGUUGCUACUGCUAGUGACUCUUAUUGGGGCAAUUUUCUCCGUGCGUUUGGGCCCUUCCCUGGACUUGGCCCGCAGUUAUCAAGGCCCAACAAAAUAUUUUAGCCGCCCAGGCCUGUGAAAACAUGGCACCUCCUGUGGUCUCUAAAAAGAAAACCCUAAUCCCUAAUCUGGCCGUCCUGCUUUAAAUACUGCGUUCCAUUCCUCGCCUUCUCCAACUUUCAGUGAGCAAACAUCCCUCCUUCCGUUGUAUAUCAUCUGUUGUUUUGAGGCUUUUCGAUUUAGGUUUUCAAUUCGCUCUGUUUCUGUACGAUUGUGUAGAUGGAGGAAGAGAAAAGCAAGCUCAGCUUCUUGACUGGAUUUCGAAUCGUCGAUACGAUCCAAGUCAAUUUCAUUUACAAAGCUUGCGAUAGGAAACACCUAGCCAGUAUCACUCGCCUGAAUCUGAUUUCUCCGCUGAUUUUUCAGGCCCUUAAUCUACUGGCAAAUCCCCCUCCAUUUUCUCCUGUCAAAUUUUUUAUUUUGUUUUGCUUGGAAUGUUGGAUUUGAAUCUGCGGUGCAAAAUUGCAUCGUCCCCGCAAACGCACUCUGUCCCAGAACUGGGUUUUUAUCGGUCCAGAUGUUUUGAGGCAAUUUCUUCGUUUGCGAAACGAAAGUCUCCAGCUUAACUCGCUCGUGUCAUCUUUCCUGUGAUGAUACUGGGCACAUGGCUGGAUCACAUUCCAUACCUGGAAAACUGAAUUGUUUCUGCCCUGUUCUAGAUUAGCUUGGAACUUAGAUUAAGCUUUUUGAUUUUAUUCUUCUAACACCAAAUAUUUUUAUGGAUCAAUUUAAUAAUGUUGUUUCAUUGAGUUUUGAUUACUCGACUGGGUUUGAGAUACCAGAAGUAGGAUUUCAAUAAUGGAUGGCAAUGGUGGGACGGUUUGAGAUAAAUUUGACAAAAAUCU